AUGCAGCUGAGACUAGAUGAUACCACCCUGGAACGGAAUAAUGAGGAGGAGGGUCCAAGGACCAAGCUCGGAGACCCUCCAGCUGCGGGGCAGACGGCCCUCAUGCUGGCGGUCAGCCACGGGCGGGUGGAUGUGGUCAAAGCCCUGCUGGCCUGUGAAGCGGACGUCAAUGUCCAGGAUGAUGACGGUUCCACGGCCCUGAUGUGCGCCUGUGAGCACGGCCACAAGGAGAUCACGGGGCUCCUGCUGGCUGUGCCCAGCUGCGACAUCUCGCUCACUGACCGCGACGGGAGCACAGCUUUGAUGGUGGCCUUGGACGCGGGGCAGAGUGAAAUUGCAUCCAUGCUGUACUCCCGCAUGAACAUCAAGUGCUCGUUUGCCCCGAUGUCAGAUGACGAAAGUCCUGCGUCAUCCUCUGCCGAAGAGUAGCCGGGAGGGAGGCCCAGGGGGGGGGCCAGCCAGCCCCAGAGUGAACCGUCCCUCCUCC